AUGAUUCCUUUCUAUUCUUUUUCUAUUCUUUUCAUUCUGGAAUUCUUCCUCUCUCUGUCUCUUUCUCUCUAUCUAUAUCUAUCUAUCUAUCUAUCUAUCUAUCUAUCUAUCUAUCUCUAUUUAUCUAUCAAUGUUUUCGCUUUGCUCUCUCUCUAUCUAUCUAUCUAUCUCUAUUUAUCUAUCAAUGUUUUCGCUUUGCUCUCUUUCUCUCUCUAUCUAUCUAUCUAUCUAUCUAUCUAUCUAACUGUCAAUGUUUUCGCUUUGCUCUCUCUCUCUCUCUAUCUAUCUAUCUAUCUAUCUCUAUCUAUUUAUCUAUCAAUGUUUUCGCUUUGCUCUAUCUAUCUAUCUAUCUAUCUAUCUAUCUAUGUUUUUGCUUUACUCUCUCUUUCUCUCUAUCUAUCUAUCUAUCUAUCUCUAUCUAUUUAUCUAUCAAUGUUUUCGCUUUGCUCUCUCUUUCUUUCUCUCUAUCUAUCUAUCUAUCUCUAUCUAUUUAUCAAUCAAUGUUUUCGCUUUGCUCUCUCUUUCUCUCUCUCUCUCUCUCUAUCUAUCUAUCUCUAUCUAUCUAUCAAUGUUUUCGCUUUGCUCUAUCUAUCUAUCUAUCUAUCUAUCUAUCUAUCUAUCCAUCUAUCUAUCUAUGUUUUUGCUUUGCUCUCUCUAUAUAUAUAUCUCUCUAUCUAUCUAUCUUUCAAUUUCACAUUUGCCUGCUGUUUAUUUUUUUAUUUGUUUCUUUCUUUUUUAUAUUCGUUGAAUUUAUUCUUUCUGUCUUUCUUUCUUUCUCUUGGUUUUCUCGUUUUUUCUGUCUUUCGUGCUUACUUGUUUGAUAUUUCAUGUCUUCUUGUUUCCUUCUCUUUCCAUUUCGUCGUCUCUCAUUAUCAUCAAUUCUUUCCCUCUCAUGACAACCUUCUUUCUCCUCUGUUUAUUCUUUCUUUCUUUCUUUCUUUUUCUUUCUUUCUUUCUUUCUUUCUUUCUUUCUUUCUUUCUUUCUUUCUUUUUCUUUCUUUCUUUCUUUCUUUCUUCUUUUCGUCUAAUUUCCUCGUCUUUUUUUAUUGUCUUUUUCUUCUUUCUUUUUGUCUGUUUGUUUUGUUUCUUUUCAUUUCGUCCUCUUUAUUUCUUUCUUUGUUGAUCUUGCCGAUUUGUUCUUUCUCUCUUUCUUCUAAUUUCUUCGUCUUUCUCCUAUUCGCCGCUGCUUUCUUUCCUGUCUAUGACUUUCUUUCUUUCUUUCUUUCUUUCUUUCUUUCUUUCUUUCUUUCUUUCUUUUCAUUUUUAACUUAUUUCUUUUUUUCUUCAUUUUCUUAUCGUUCUUUCUUUCUGUCUGUCUUUCUUUCUUUCUUUCUCAAGCCACAACAUAAAGAUGUCUACAAAACAUGCCAGCCCGAUAUUAAUGAGAUUAGAAAGAAGGAUUAG